ACAUACUCAAACACAGGCGGGCCGCCGCCGGUCCACGCUGUUCCCAAAUCAAACACACCCCUCUUCAGAUUGAGCAACACUUAAUAAGUUAGCUUAGUUUGUAAGGGUAGCAGACACCGGCAAACCGUGUUUGCAUGACAAUGGGUUAAAAAAAGAUUCAUGGUGAUAGCGUCGUUUAUGAUACAAGUCAAAGCUCCAGCAGCUGUCAGAAUUCAUUCAAAUGGUUUCACCAUGUCUGCCAGAAAGCGUAAAAGAAACUCCAAGGAUACACAGUGUGUCUUCUUCCCGGAUAAUGUGGAGAACAGUUUCUCCAAAGCAGCAAGAGAGCCAUCAUCACUUUCAUGCGUGUCCUCUGCAAAGAGCUGGGAGAAGUGUGGAGACAGCUUUCUGGAGUCUCCAGUGAUCAAGAACCUAAAAUCAUCAGGAAGGAAACUGUCACACAUAAGAAAACUGACGCAGUCCGCCACUUUGGUGCAGACAAGUGCUGUUCACUGCAAAGAGGAUGCAGUGAACAUUGCAUGGAGCUCCAGUGACAGUGAGCAGUCUGAUGAUGACACCCAAGAGCAGCAACAACGUCCUAAGAGACCACUAAGACCCAAAUCUCUUAGUCAGUCUUACACCAGAGCGCUGCACGCACUCAUCUCUGAGAAAGAUGACCUUCCUGUAAUUGAUACAGACAGUGAGCAGAAUGAGUCUGAAGAAGAUGUGGAAAAGGACAGUGGUCAACAAAUCUCUGACUGUGAGUCAGCGCCCUUUGAUGAAAAACCAGAAGAUUUACCACAAGAUAAACUGGAAAAUGAGCUGGAGAUUACAGGCUAUAUGUCCGACAGCGAGACUGUUCCCUUCACAGCGACCUCCAGCAGACUGGACUCUGAGAGCUUUCUUCUUCAGAGUGGUGAGGGCAGCAGAAGGUCAGUCAGUGACUGGGUCAGAUCUGCUCAGGUGAUGCUGCAGACGCCUCAGAAACCGCUUGUCAGGCAGUCCAAGACCCCUGAAGACUCUGCCAAAAAGAAAAAGAAAUUACAAAGUGGGGGUUUUGCUGAGAGACUGAAUCGACUCCAGAGCAGACAGAGGUCAGCCAUUAGCUUCUGGAGACACCAGUCCACCUCUGUCAGUUCAACAGCAACAGUGGACAGGCCUGGCAAGCUGGUGGUGGAGGUGCUGGAGGUUCAGGAGGAAUGCAGCAUGCAACUGGCCCUCUGUGAGCACCAGCAGGCCCCUGGAGAGAGCCACCCGCACAGUGACCCCAUCCCUGAGGAGAGGGCUCGUGUGCUAGUGCUGUUCAACAGAGAGACUGCAGCACAGCUGAUUCCUGCACCCGGAGAUAUCAUCCACAUAUACCCACCAUGGCAGAGUCUUUCCAUAGAGGGAUUCAGCUGCGAUAUUAUUCUAAACACAUACUUCAGCCAGAAAGUUUACUCUGCAUCCAAACCGACUCACAUGCCCACUCCUGGAGGCCUGCUGUCAGCAGGAAGGUGCCGGCCAUAUUCUCUGUGUAAAGCAUUUGGACUGCUGGAGGUGGGCGGGUCCUCAGAAGAGAACAAUGGCAAACAGGUUGCCGCCUCUGAUGCUCUGUGCAGUGCUGUGAGAGUUUUGAGGAGACACUGCCCUUCUCUCCUGGAAGCUAUUGAGGGUCUUGGGCAGGCUGGCUCUGUGGGGCAGGAUGUGGAGGUGGUGGUCCAGAGAGUUUACUCCAUUCCCGUGCCUGAUUCCUCUUCUUCUAUUCUCAAGCCCAAAGGUCCCUUCAGGUCGUCCUCAGCUGCUCCCCCAGCAGAAAAGGGCAAAACAAGGCUCUGUGUGCUUGUGCAGGACAGCUACGAGAUGUUCAGUGAGGUCCAGCUCCACCUCUUGCCCUGCAAAGACGACCUCUGCCAGUACAUCCACACGUGGGUGGGGCAGACCUGUGUGCUGAGAGGCAUUAAAGUGGUGCAGCGAGUCACUCGAGAAAGGCGCUGCAGGCUUUUCAGCUUGAUAGACAGUCUGUGGCCCCCAUUGAUGCCUCUUAAAGAUCGUGGAAACACACCUAGUACGUCCUCUGAAUGCAGACCUGCAGGUCCAGCUCCCAGUUUCUGCUACCUGCUGUCUGGUCAGGAGAGCUCAGUUGAACCCUCUGAGGAGCGGACUGUGUCCCCACUUUACCUCCCCCAUACCAAACAAACACUACGAGACAUACUGCAGAGUGAGGUUAAAGCCUGUCGCUGCAGUUUUGUUGCCACUGUCGUAUACAAGAGAAUAAUGCAGAGCAUCGAUGUAGGCCAGGGUGAGGUUUGGUUGGUGCUGACAGACCCCAGUCUUCAGGAGGAGCAGCCAGAGAGGCCGUGUAGACGAUCAGUGGCCCUGUGUGUGAACACUUCCUGUGUGCUCACUUCCUCUGUCCUCAAAGCUCUAAAUUCCCCGGCUGCCUGUCGCAUGUCAAUCAGAGAUGCCAUCAAAGAACAUGGUGUCCUCCUAUGUGCAGAGAUGUCAGUCAUUGAGAUCUGCUCUGAGGAUCCUGAAAGCAGCCUUGAGCCCUCGUCAACCAGGCCAGAGUCACUUUCACAGUCGCUGUCAGAGCCCCCGGCAAAAACCCUGCCCCAACCUGUGAAACUGGAUCCUCUGAGUCCUGAGAUCACACCCAACUCCCUCUGCUCUCUCACAGGGGUGAUAGUUGGCGUAGAUGAAAGCACUGCUUAUUCCUGGCCUGCCUGCAACCACUGUGGGAGUGACAACCUAGAUAAGUACUCUGAAACACAUCAAAACUUCCACUGUGUUCUUUGCAAGUCAGUUGUAGAAAAGCCCGAUAUGAAGAUUCAACUGGAAGUGCUGCUGAGUUCUUCAUUAAGUAACUGCACUUUGAAAGUGAAGCUGCAGCAAAAGACGAUCAUGUCCAUCUUAAACACUGCAGCCCUUGAGGGUAAUGAGUUCCUAGGCUACGAUGUGGAGAAUGUCCUGGGAAAAGAGGUGGGCCCCCUCCCUGCUUAUGUCCGAGUGGUCACCAGGAAACCUGCCCUCUGGAUUGGCCUGGAAGAAAUCUGCCUCUGAGGCGACCAUCAGGACAAGUACUCUAAUGAUAUCAAUCCUCAGGCUUCAGCUGGCUCCACAGAUCUGCACACUAGGCCUUGAUCUGAGCCUGUGCAGCCUCCCAUGUCCUUAGCCACCCUCUGAAGGCCUCCCUGAACGCUCUAGGCUGUGGUGAAGUUAGCGAGACUGGAAGAAGACAAGGUCUUGUUUGUGUUAAUGAUAUGUGAUCCUGUGGAGCAGGAGUUGACAGCCCAAGGGUAGACCAGUGGCAUGCAGUCUGUCAAAGCAGCCCACGUGGUUCAUCCAUGGGUUGUGACUUUGCUAACAGGUCUUUUGGCUUUAAACACAUUUUCUACAUGGACUCAAACAUCUUAUUUUCAACUCAUCCACCUCUGAGUAAAAUAUCUGAGACUGUCAAUAAAAGUUGUAUUUUUGCUGAC